GAGUAAACAAAUACCAACGACCUUCGACCUACGACCUUUAGCAUCUAAUUUAUUUCUCAAUUACCUCUCUCGGCACCCUCGAUUGUGCCAAUUGAACGAGUAUCCGAUCACGACUUAAGACUCAUGAGAGUUAAUAGAUAAUUAAGCAAAAUGACUGCCAAAGCGAAGCCGUCUAACCCGUUAAAUGGAAUGCACACAGCUGGUAUCUUUUCCGAUAUGAGUGUCGAUGGACCCGAUAUUGGAACUCUAGUCCUCAUCGUCGACCGAGCAAAGAACCUCCCAAACAGGAAGACAAUUGGGAAGCAAGAUCCUUACUGUGCGGCACGGUUAGCAAAAGAAGCGAAGAAGACGACUACAGAUAUUAGAGGCGGGCAGACUCCAAAAUGGGACCAGGAACUUCGGUUUAAUGUUCACGACUCACCUGAUUACUACCAGUUAAAAUUAUCUGUGUUUAACGACGAUAGGAAGACAGAGUUGAUAGGCGAAACCUGGAUUGAUCUUCGCGAUAUAAUUGUGCGAGGUGGCGGCCAAAGUGAUCAAUGGCAUAUCCUGAAUUGCAAAGGCAAAUACGCUGGUGAGGUUAGGAUCGAGAUCACAUUCUAUGAUAGUCGUCCGAAGCUAGAAAAGCCUGUUGCAAAAGCGAACGUGGGAGCUACAAGCUCCGACCCGGAUGCUAUAGUCGGAUCUCAGAAGACCGCAGUAAAACGACGCCCUCUACCAUCCGACCCGGUUACCGGCCAGGUACCUUCACCGUCGGUGACAGAAUUAGUUCACACGCCAUCCCCGCGGGCACAGCCAAACCCGCAAGCCACAUUCAUUCCCAACCCAGCAUCACUACAGGCAAUCGAAUAUGGCACAUCACCUUCAAACAGACCUAGCAACCUACACGAUCAGUACGCCCAAGUGCAGAAUCAAUACUCGACACCACCUCACCGAGCAGAACAUCCACAAUAUCGAACUUUGGAUAGGAAUUAUAAGUUCCCUACCCAAGAGAACGAACAUUCGCGAUACUUAGAUUCUCACGCCAGAACAUACGAGCCCGAUCCUCGAGCAUCUUUUAACUCUUAUGAAUCUCCCUCUUCGCUAGUUCACCAGCCCCGACAAUCGAUUGAGAAUGACGACUGUCCUCCACCUCCACCCGUACAUCGGGUUAGGAACUCGAGUGGAACUUCACACGAACUAGUACCUCGUGGCGCAUUUGAUACAGUCCAGCAUAAAGCUACGCCGCCGAUGAGACACGACGUUUUACGAAGUGAGGCUCAUCGAUAUUCAGUCUCCUCCCCAUCGUCAUCCUACCCAGGACGUCCUACAUAUCGUCCUUUUGAAUCGGCACCGGAAGUACAAGGAGCAGUGCAGUAUCACGACAGCGAUAUCGGCCACCAGGCUGCUCCGCGACACUAUUCUUACGAUUCGGCCUACGAAUCUCAUCACCGAUCGAUGCAACCAACAGUAGAAGAUGUUCCAGAGACUUGGACACCACCGAGCGCUAGAGGUAGACUCAGCGGGUCUCGAGCACUCGAAUAUGACGAACGGGAAUUCCACCAAGGCCCAAGUCCUGCACCGCUGAAUUUAGGCGGACGGGGGAGUGCGGGAUCUGGUCAUUAUAGCCCCUCCCCUCUCCCCUCACAGCAACAAUAUGAAUCUAACGGCUUCAGCCCUUCACCGGAGCCGAUGGCUUCUGAAGACUAUUCUCAAGCGCUCACAUUGGUAUCUCGACCAUAUUCAAAUUAUAACGAGCAUUCUUUUCGUCAUCCAAGUGAGCUAGAAGACAACCAAGUUCAUACGCCAGGUGAUUAUGACCUAGCUCCUGUGCCUCCGACAUUGGUUCCAGGAGUCGACCCUGCUUUAGCGCGAGAGAUAUCAGAUCGAUUUCAUCAAGAAAGGAAGCAAGGUCGUCGAUAUACCCAGCCUAUUCCGGUAGAUAUUCCGAGUCGAGGUAGACAGCAAAGUGAUCCGCCAUCGAAUUACCUCGUUAAAUAUUCACCUAACGCUCACUACGCAGCCAAUUCAAGAUCCUAUGAGAGAAGCGUUGUUCCUUAUUCUAGUGGACCAACUACCCCUUCUGUUCCAGUACCUGUUACUAGACCUCGGGGAACAUCUCCAAAUCCAAGUGCUAACCGCACGAUCAAGCGCAAAUCAGUCAGCCCAGCUCCACCUCCAUCUGACGGCCGGCGACUCUCGGGUAUCCCUUUCGGACCGGAUUCGUACGAUGCUCUGAACCCUACUGUUACGUCCAAGGACGCAUCAAGCUCAGAAUAUACUAAUGCAGAAGGGAAAAUUGUGACCUCAGAUGGAAGGGAGGUCGACCCUUCAGAUCACUUACCUAUGGAAAGCUGGGCACCGGAACCAGAGCCAAAGAAACCGACCGAGUCUCUCCAGACACGAUCACGUCCAAUUCCUGCAGGGGCACAGCCAAUGCCACCUUCCGGCCGACGUCCACCACGCGAACUCGCUCGCCCGCAGUCUAUGGCUGGUCUACCAACGACAUACACCACUUCUGAGAUGAUACCUUCUCCCCCUGCGAGCACGGGACGUGCUCGAUUACAGAAGAAAACACAUCGUGCGUCAGCCUUACCAGCAGCUAUAUCUUCGGGUUCUAGUCCACUUGGUCCCUCGACACCACACCAGCGCAACAGUACGCCCCCACGAGCACUUGUUCGUGCUAGCACCUUUGAUUAUGAGAAUCAUGGGCCUGGUGGCGCUCGUACGGGGUAUGGUAGCGGGCCGCCGAUUCCGGCUAAGGUACCGAUGAUGAGCGGUGGCUUAGGGCCAUCAUCCGGACGAGGUGGUGAGGAAUGGGCGCUUAUGGAGGAAAUGAGUAGAAUCGACAUCGGUACGGGUAGAGCACGACGACACGGCGGAUAUUGAGAACAUGAGAUAUCACAAAUUCUGAAGAGAAGGCGUUGUACAGUAUAGUGUUUUAAGUGGAGGAGGCGGGAGUGAUUUCAUGCUUAUCGUGCUCAUCGUUCUCUUUUCUACAAUUCCUAUCCGGUCUGGUAUAUUAUGGGUCCCUCGGAACGUUUGG